AUAAAGAUACGCAUGCACACAUUUCCGUUCUACCGAUCAAAAUAAACACAAAGAUCAUAUCGUGCGUGUUUUACUGCGUUUUGCGUGGGAAAUGGUGGCUUUGCAUUAACUUCAAGUGUGCCUCCCCAGGUAUUUGUUGGAGCUGCGAAAGUUACUAGUCAUGGAAAGCACAUACAACCUCGGUGUGAAAUAUCACAUCACCCCACAGCAAGAGUUCCUUCUACAGGGCAGCAUCAGUGACAACUAUCGCGAGAUGUUGCUACAUCGACUACGAGGACUGUGUGACAAUGCUGAGACCACCCCAGAAACUUUCCUUGAUCAUGAGAUGGUGUUUGCACUAAAGGGAUCAGCUCAGCCCAGCAGUCACUUUGUGUUAUUCAGAGUCCGUCGUGCACUAGAUCAUCCAGACACUCCUUGGUAUAUCCGUUACUGUGGUCAGACAGAGAUUGGAGAUAAGACAAGGCCCACCCUUGUGAGAGCAUGCUUUGAUGUGGCUUGCUCUGAAAAUGUUGUCCAGUUUCUGAAUGAAAUGGGAUUCAGGUUGGAUCAUGAGUAUGUUGUCCGUGGCUGCUUCUUUCACAAGGGAAGGAUGAAGGUGACAGUCUCCAAACUCUACAGAAUGUUACAGUCUGGCAAUACAGACAACAGCAGCCUGGAGCCACUGUCUCAGUCGCAGUUGGUGGAGCUGAGUGUAGUGGCACCUUCAGGACAGGAACAGAUUGGGGAAGACAUGAAGAACUUUGCAGAACAACUUAAACCAUUAGUUCAUCUGGAGAAAAUAGACCACAGAAUGUUGGCCAAGACCACACAGUGAUGUUGCCAUGGUGAUCUGUCAGAAGCAUCCAUUAUUAUGGAUUUGUGGAACUCAAGUUGCAACUGCUCAUGUUCACUUAGACCAUGAAAGGUCUAUAUUAUGACUGCAACAAUGGAUCAGUGUGAUUUUCAUUCUCAACUCCCUGGGGAGUAUACAACACAAGCAGGUGCAAGAGGGUUAACAGGCACCUUCCACAGCAGUCAGUGCACCAAACAUCAGAAAGUGUACAUGAACUACGCUACAACUUCUUUGAGAGGCAUUUAGGGAAUGGAUCAAUAAGGAAGGAUAACAAUGGAUGAACGACUUCUUUAUUACAGUGAGAGCGACAUUUCUGUGUAGGUUCCAACAUCUUUAUCAAGCAAGUGACUGAGUCUGAGUUUUGGUUUUACGUCACUUUAAGAAAUAUUCCAGCAACAUCACGGCGGGGGACACCAGAAAUGGGCUUCACACAUUGUACCCAUGUGGGGAUUCGAACCUGGUCUUCGGCGUGAUGAGCCAACGCUUUAACCACUAGGCUACCCCACCGCCCAUCAAGCAAGUGAGUUUUCAAGAAGUCUUAAUAUGACACUUCACAUGCUUGAUGUUAGAACCUACACCGAAACAUCUCUCUCACUGUAAUAAACAAGUUCUUCUUCCAUAUAAUGUCAUCCUUCAAACUAUGCUACAGUAAUGUGAAAUCAGGUCCAGCAAGGUUUAUCAUUGUGGUAUUUGUAUGAUAUUGACCAUACACAAUAGUAACAUAAUAAACAAUUAAUGUUUUUUCAAGAACUAAGAUGACGCACCUCUCAUCAAAUGACAUGGAGCGAGAGAUACGUGCUUGUUGAGCAAAAUCUUGUGUCCCAAAGAAUUCUGAUCUGAAACUUGUUUCACAUGCUGCUUUCAAGAGCAUUCUCUGACGGGUUCGUGUCAUGAUAUUGUAAUAAAAUAUUAUUUGUA